AUGUCUGAAACUAAGGCCAAAUUGACCGUCUUGAUCUCCGGCUCUGGAAGCAAUCUCCAAGCACUGAUAGAUGCUUGCGCCAACGGAUCUCUCAACGCCGAAAUCAUUCGUGUCGUAUCGAACAAGAAAGCCGCCUUUGGAUUAGAAAGAGCUCAAAAAGCACACAUCCCUACCGCCUACCACAACCUUCUCGAGUACAAGAAGCGCUUCCCUGACGCAAGCGAGUCCAAGAAGUUCGAGCAUGCUAGAAGCGAGUACGAUCGUGACCUGGCGACUCUAGUGCUCGCCGACAAGCCCGAUCUGGUUGUCUGCGCUGGCUGGAUGCACAUUCUUGCUCCCACUUUCCUCGAACCAUUGAAGGAGGCUGCUGUACCUGUCAUCAACCUCCAUCCUGCACUUCCCGGCCAGUUCAACGGCGCUCACGCUAUCGACGAAGCAUAUCGCGCUUUCCAGGAGGGCAAGAUUGAUCAUACCGGCAUUAUGAUUCAUUACGUUAUCUUGGAAGUUGACAUGGGAGAGCCAAUCGUCACAAGAGAAAUACCUAUCCGCAAGGGUGAAUCACAGGAUGAACUCGAGCAAAGGAUUCACGAGAACGAAUGGCAGCUGAUUGUGCAAGGCACACAAAAAGCCAUCAAUACGCUUUGGAAGUCGAGGCAAUCAGCAUGA